AUGGCGUUGGAAUCCUGUGCCGGGGGCGGGGCCGCGGGUGCCACUGUUGCGGCUGCUCUGCAAUUCUUCGCAGCAUCACAAUGUCUGUUGCAGGAAGCGUGGCCCCAUCACUCCACUGUGCCAAAUGCAUCUUCGUUCGACUUCAUCGUGGUGGGCGGUGGCACUGCGGGUUCCGUUGUGGCUGCGAGACUGUCGGAGCUUCGCGGGGUCAGCGUACUCCUCUUGGAGGCUGGCGGUGACCCGCCACAAGAGAGCAUUAUACCCGGAUACAGGAACACACUGAAAGCGAGCCGCUAUGACUGGAACUUCACCACGAUGGACGACGGCUUCUCCAGCCAAGCGCUGAGGGACGGUAGCCAGAGGCAGCCGCGAGGCAGGAUGCUGGGUGGCAGCGGAUCCCUGAACGACAUGGUCUACGCCAGGGGGUUCCCUGCGGACUACGCCGAAUGGGGCACGACAGUCGGCGACGAAUGGGGCUGGGACCGCGUGCUGGAGUACUUCAAGAAGACCGAGCAUUUGACCGACGAGAGAAUAGUAAACGACCCCGAGCUGAGUAGGCACCACGGCGUCGGUGGCGAAAUACAGGUCUCCGGUACCAGUGAGUCGACGCACACCACGGAUAGAUAUCUGGAGGCGUUCGAAGAGUUGGGCUUUAAGGUUGUUAAAGACAUGACUUAUCCGAACGGUAUUGGCGUCGGGCGUUUCUCUCACACCAUUAAGGAAGGCAGAAGACACAGUUCAUUGACUGCUCUGCUGAAUGGAUCAGCGAGGAGGGACAACCUGUACGUGCUGAAAGACGCGCACGUAGCAAAGGUUCUCAUUGAGAAUAGGACGGCAAUAGGUGUGAGUGUCAUGGUGGAGGAUGAGGAGUUCCAUUACUACGCGGCCAGAGAGGUCGUCCUGUCAUCGGGUACGUUCAACACACCGAAACUGUUGAUGCUCUCGGGAAUAGGGCCUGAGGAGCAUUUAAACGAGUUAGGAAUAGCCGUGGUCCAGGACUUGCCUGUGGGUGACAAUCUCCACGACCACGUCAUGGUGUUGACUUAUCUGUCCGCCGACAGCGGCACUUGCGAAGAGGACGAACGCGACGCGCAUAUGGACGCGAUUAAAUAUCUCUACGAUCGCUCAGGAGCACUAUCGAGAACGACAGACGUCGGCGCCUACCUCUCGUUGACGGGGGAUCCCAACGUUCCUGACUUCGCCUUCUAUCCCACUUGCAUGCCUCGCGAUAGCGGCUUCUACGAAGGCUGCUUCAACGUUCUAGGAUUCAAAAGGGAGAUCUGCGAGAAACUGGCCGCGGAAAAUAAGGAUAGAGAAUUGAUGUCGCUGGCCGUGGUGUGCCUGAAGCCGAAAUCUCGGGGCAGGGUGCGCUUGAGAUCUGCAGACUAUUGGGACGAGCCUCUGAUUUACUCGGGAACGUUCGGCCACCCGGACGAUUUGGAGGGAUUCCCCCGGGCGUUGGAAGUGGCGUGGGCAGUAGCCAGCACGAGUUACUUCAAGUCUAAGAACGCUCGUGUAGUUAAUAUAGGAAUAGAUGAGUGUACUGGUUUGGAAGGCUCGGAUAGAAGUAAGUGCAUUGCCAGGAAUACAGCGAUGUCCGCUUGGCACUCCGUUGGCACGGCCGCGAUGGGUACGGUUGUGGACUCGCGCUUGAGGGCCCGCGCAUCUCGCGGCACCUCGGAACUGGCGUCCGCCGCGGAGUCUAAGACGCACCCUGUGCGCCACUUUCACCUGUCCGUCCGGCGGCUAAGGCGGCACCGGCAGUCGGUUGCGAGCAGUGCCACGGGGUGGACGCGUUCACGGCAUAAGCCGCUCCCAACGCCGCUCAAUCCU